AUGGGGCUGCCGCGAGCCCCAAGACGGAAGGUGAUUACCAUUCCAUCCGAUGACGAGGGAGAGCAGGCCAACGAAACAUUACCGCCGGAGCCAAGCGAAGACGAAGAACCCGCCAAACCUCAAAAGCGAGGUACUGGGAAGCUGAGGCCGGUGAACAAGGCCAAGAAGAAUCAGCCACCUCUGCCAUCUCCUUCAUCGCAGGAUGCAAGUCCUAAGAAGUCACCUGCAAAAGCCGCUUCGAAGGCCAGAAGCAAGACAGCCGUCAAAGAUGCAUCUAAGACCAACGGAAGGACCAUCAACUCCUUCUUCAGCGCGGCGACUCAGCAGAAGCCAGUUGCACAGCCCUCACCGAGCUCGGAGAAGCCGUCCGUACCUCACGCGGAACCAGAAGCGAUUCAGGAUGACAGCGACGAGAAUCAAGGAGGCAGCUUACGGUUCGCGAAGGGAUCAAGCACGGUACUUGCCAUGAGGAAACGGAAAGCUCAGUAUGGCGAGAAUCUUGAGCCUGCCUUCUCAGCUUCACAGCCAUCUUCUCAGAAGUUUCGGAAAGCGAGCAGUGGUGACCGCAUUCCAACUCUGGCCAUCAUCAACGAAGACAAGCGCCCUUGGACAGAGCAGUUUGCACCGAAGGAUCUAGCGGAACUGGCCGUACACAAGAAGAAAGUGUCUGAUGUCCGCCAGUGGUUUGAGAUGGCUUUCAAUGGACGACGGCAGAGAGUGCUUGUGCUAAAAGGCGCGGCAGGCACGGGGAAGACUACUGCCGUGCAGCUCCUGGCGCAGGAGAUGAGUGCUCAUGUGAUGGAGUGGAGGAAUCCGGCGGGUGUCGAGCUGGGUGCUGACACUUCGACUGCCUCACAGUUCUCGGACUUUGUGGGACGAGCUGGGAGAUCUGGCGGCUUGCAGCUGACUACAGAUGCCGUAGAUCAGGCCCACCCAGUCGAUGUAAUGGCUAACGAGAAAGGGUUCACUUCGGACAGCGACACGAAUAUCCUGCUUAUCGAAGAGUUUCCGAAUACCUUCUCUCGCACCUCCAGCACACUGCAAGCUUUCCGUUCUACGAUACUGCAAUACCUGGCCUCACCUUUACUACCAGCCGGUGCAAGACCAACGCCGAUUGUCAUGAUCAUUUCCGAGACACUGCUCUCAACAAACACUGCUCUGGCGGACAGCUUCACGGCGCAUCGCUUGCUUGGGCCAGAGCUCGCCAACCACCCGUAUCUCGACAUGAUCGAGUUCAACGCCGUCGCACCUACCAUCCUUACCAAAGCGCUGGAGACGAUCAUCAUCAAAGAAGCUAGUAAAUCCGGCAGACGGCGGACACCCGGCCCGCAGGUAUUGAAACACAUCGCAGAAAGCGGCGAUGUCAGAAGCGCCGUCUCAUCCCUGGAGUUCUUGUGCCUUCGUGGCGACGAUGGCGACACCUGGUCCAGCAAAGUGCAAUUCGGCAAGCAGAAGAAGUCGAAGACAGAUCCGCCUCUCACAAAGUCUGAAGAGGAAGCGCUACGUCUGAUUAGCAACCGCGAAAGUACUCUCGGCAUCUUCCAUGCCGUUGGCAAAGUCGUGUACAACAAGCGUGUCGACUUUCCAGAUGUCACUCAACCUCCGCCAUGGCUACCACAGCAUCGAAGGUCGAAGGUCCCGGAGAACGACGUCGAUGACAUGAUCAACGAGCUGGGCACCGAUGUCACUACCUUCACAGCUGCUUUGCAUGAAAACUAUGCUCUAUCCUGUGGAUCAACAAGCGCCGAAGAGUCCAUGGAUAGCCUGCUGGGCUGUAUCAGCAGCAUCUCAGACGCCGAUCUGCUCUCGGUCGAUCGCUUCUCCCAAGGCACACGAGCGUACUCUGGAUCCGCCACUGACAGUCUACGGCAAGAUGAAAUGGCGUUUCAAGUCGCUGUCAGAGGCUUGCUGUUCUCACUGCCCUCCCCUGUACAUCGAGGCACACCAGCCAGUGGAAACAAAGCAGAUGCGCACAAGAUGUACUACCCUGCCUCGCUGAAGCUGUGGAAGCAGCGGGAAGAGGUCGAGAGUGUGCUUGAGCUGCUUACUGCGAAGUUCCAGUCUAGUGGCCUUGCGAAGGCGACGAUGCCGAGAGCUGUGGGAGGUGUCGAGAGCUGGAACAAGGCGGCAUCAGAACCCCAACCUGACGGUCAAGCCAACGAUACCGCCCGGCCAGAAGUCACCAACAGCAUGAAGACGGAAAUGCUGAUUGAGCGGCUGCCGUACAUGUCGCACAUCCUCUCCACGAAGAACGGCAUGUCCUCACUGAAGGACCAGAUCGCGAGCGUUACCCGCAUCCGCGACGCUGCGCCCAUACCGACGGACGAUGAUGCUGAACCGAACGAUGACGACGGUCCAUCUACGGAGCAGUGGGCGACCGACAAACCGGACGCCGAGGCUGGAGAGCAGUCUUCGAGUAAGAAGCGGAAGGCGAAGGCGUCGAAGGCGGAGACGGAGACGGAAGGAGGUGGUCUGGCGAUUCCGGUGGAGAGCCAGAUUCAAGGGCUUGUGCUUGAGGAGGAUGAUAUUGUCGAUGAUUAG